AUGUUCCAGGACCAGGAGACACACAAGUGGAACAGCUCUGCCUUUUUAGCAGUGGUUACAGAGCUUCGAGAUCUCAGUUUGCUUCGAUCGAAUUCAGUGUCGUCACAAGGAGUGAAAUAUUCUUUUCAUCCUAUGACUCGAAAGUGGGCUUUAUAUCGUCAGUCUCGAACCGAAAGGCAAGAUCUUGCAUUGGAGGCUAUGGAUAUACUUAUCAAUUCAAACUUUGAUGUAUUAUCAUCCAAUGGUAUCUUAGCUCAUUGGCAGGUUAUCAGAAUGAAACAAAUUCUGCCACACACAGAAUCUUGUUUUUUUAAUUGUGAAGAAUUUGUCUCUGAGUCACAAGCUAUUGGAACUUUUAGAAACAGAAAAACUGGUUAUAAUUUGGCUGCUUUUUUCUCGGAAUUUGGCGACUUAGAUAGAUCAGAACUACUCUUUAAGAGAAUCUUACUUUACCCCAAGGAAAAAGAUCCAGAAUUAUGGAUAAGAAGUCAGAAAUGCCUCUCAAUGGUGACGGAUGUAUCCUCUAAAUUCCGAAAAGCUGUCGAAUUACUGUCCGAAGCUUUAGAUUUAGACUCCUUGCCGGCGGAUUUACAAAGAGACCUUAUUGUCGAAGAGCUUUGUCGGACAUUAGAGAACCUAGGAUGGUGGGCUUUUGUAGCUAGAGAACUCAAAAGAAAAUACCAUCUUGAAACCAAUGCUCCUGCUCCGGACUGA